GUAAACUUUUUUUUCUUAUGGUAAUUCACCAAACCUUGGUGGCUACACGGAUCAUUUUCGAAUGGGACGUUUAUAAAAAUGCUAAAAACGGUCGCUUUGCAGACAGGAAACCCUAACAUCUGUGUGUGUGAAGACGGUUGUUGCUAUAGAAACGCAAGCAGGUAAAGACAUAAUCAGGAAGUGCAGAGAAGGCUGGUAGAGGAAGAGACCGAAAGAAACAGGUCAUGAGUUUGUCGGGCCCUUCAGUCAAUAUUACGCUUGCUCUCAUUCUAUUUCAAAGCAAAGACGACUUCAUGAAUAUUUCAACAGAUCACAGAUAGGAGAAACCUGUUGCCUGCCAAGCAUGUAGCCUGUCUCAGUGUUCAUUUACUGACCUGGGAAUACUGCCACAGGACUCUUCAGCAUGAUUAAUCAUCUCCCGUCUGGAAGCUGAAGUCAAUGCCCUCAAGACCGCACUUCACUGAACAGAACCUGGAUGAAACGUCUCAUUGGACUAUUAACUUAUUCGUUAAAAUACAACAACACCACCGAAUCAAACUGUAGAAUAAGAUUUGCACGUCGUACAGCACAAGAUGCCUAUCUUAAAGCAGCUGGUGUCCGGCUCGUCUCAGACUAAACGGCGCUCUCGUAUGGACCUCACUACCGAGAUGAUCAGCGCUCCCUUGGGUGACUUCCGGCACACCAUGCACGUAGGACGCGGCGGGGAAGCUUUCGGAGACACUUCGUUCCUCAGCACUCGGUCUGGAGAGCCGCCCCAAGAGGAUCACGCUUAUCCCCGCUCUCCGAAACCCGGACUCCUGUCCCGUACCUUUCGAAGCAGCAAGCGCUCUCAAUCCGUCACCAGAGUGGAUCAGCGUGACAACACCUUCCUUACGCCCAGCGAUUCGCCUACCUUUGUAAAGAAUGCCAUGUCCCUACCCUUCCUUAACAAUGAAGAGGGACAUGACAUAGACGGCAGGGUCCUCAAAAGCAUGACCUCCAGCCCCUCCAAUGGAGCCUCAGCCAACGCCCUGGACCUAGAGCUCCACGAGAGGCACUUUGGAGUGUUGACAGACCUCCGACCGUCCCCAUCAUACAACGGGGGAGGUUUGAAGAAGGCUGAAUCUGUCAUGUCGUUCCAUAUCGACCUUGGCCCCUCCAUGUUGGGGGAAAUCUUAGGGGUCAUGGAGAAGGAAGACGAUGAUCAAGGGUUUGAAGAAGGCAAGAGCGGUGAAUGGCAUGCUUCACCUCUUCCUAGUAACCAGGGAGGAAUUGAUGAGGACGAGGAGAUACGGGAAGAGGUCGUGAUAGAGGAGAAACCGGAGUUAGUAGUCCAAGAUGACGGUCCCGUGCGGGCUCCCAGCUCUGUUGACUUGGAGAUCCAAAGUGAGGGCACCAGUACUCCAGAGAUACCCCACAAAUACCAGCAUCACCCUGACAGCUGCUCAGUUUCUAGCUCCAGUUCAGCUGCCAUGGAGGAGAAACCCACCAGUCAGCCCUACGAAGACGACGUGGGCAGUACCGACAACAAUCCGGACGAUGAACCAGCCUUCUCCUCCUUCAUUGAGGAUGAGGAUGAUGAGAUCCGUGUAUGAAACCACCACUAUUAACAAACCUUUAUGAGGAUAGAGAGACGUGUAUAUCUUGACCAGAAUUGGACAGUCAUUAAAGAGACUUGAAUUUGGGAUGUGAGCUUGUCUAAGCUGGACGGAUGCCUUGGGAUCCCUGUAGAAAGAAGUUAGGAGGACUGGUUUAGCUCCGACACCAAAGCCAUCCGUCACACUACUCGCCCACUAUAACGAAACCAGCUGGAUGCGUUUACAUUUAGGCAGACGAUCAGCAUAAAAGGGACUCGUUGUGAGUUUCACUGACAGCUUCGUUGAAGGAAAUGUGGCUAGGGAUACAUGUGUCAAUUGCUUGAGCGGAUGCUUUUAUGACUCCAGUUCUAUGACACUGUGCCUAAAGACAGCUUUACUUUUUUAUUAUGAGCACUAGUGAAUUUCAAGUAAAUCAGGCUCUGUGGCCUUAUUUGUAUUGUCCCGUGCAUAAAAAGUGCCGUAUAGUUUGCCACAUCCUUUGGGUUUGAACUUUGUCAAUGCCCUGCCAGAAAUUAUCUCUUGAUUGCAUAAAAAUCUGCAUGCGUUCGCUAACAUGAUGUCAUUAUAAGAGCGGCUGUGUUUCAGAAGCUCAGGAAGAGGCCUUGUAAUCCUAAAAACAAACUUCAUCUCUCAGAACUCAAAUGGAGAUUUAUGAAAGAGCAGAUGUCAGAAAAGUUUCCUUGACAGACAUGCUCCACCGUUGGGAAUAGUGGCACCAGGCGUCCUUUCAUCAGAACCCUUUUCUUUUUGGUCUGUACAUGUUUUGCAUAGCAGUUCUCUGCGUGGUAUCUUGCAUAUCUCACCACUUCCUUCCUGCCGUUUAUGGCACGCGAAGGGAACAACUUCUCUCUUGCUGGCGUUUUUGAACAGUUUGGCGGCAUCACUGUCAUUGACAUAAAACACAAAUUGUGUUAUAUUAAGUUCAUGUAAGAAGCCGCCUGUGUUCUAGUAAAUGGUAUCGGUGGUAUUAACUCUGCUAACUUUAGCAAAAGACACUGGUAUUGCUCCUCAGGAAAAUGAAUGGGGCGGUCUGAUACACUGUUUAGCAGAGACACUAAUCUUCACUGAUUCUCUGUGCUUCUUUUGUCUUCAUUGUGACAGUACAGUAUGUAAAGGGCUAUAUAUUGCUGAAUAAACUUAACCGAGGCCUUUAUCACUGCAGACUUUUGUGUGUCAUCACUCAGUGUGUGAGUUAACCGGCUCUGAAGGAUCACAGUAAUGUGUCUUUACCAUCGAGACUUACAAAGAUUUUCAGGGAUCUGCUUCACACCAGGAGUCACUUCAGCCUUAAGCAAACAUGUAAAUUGCCUAAUUGAAUUCAGCUGCCGAGAAAGGAAUUAUUUAACGGAAACUCUUUUAAAUAAAGGGUCAAAUCCUUAAUUUGAUUUCCGGGUUAGCAAGAAUUAACUGAUUUGUUUGGAGAUGAACCACAUAGAUAAAAAUGCACAUGCAUUAUACAUUUACAUAACAUUGCGUGGUCCGUUUUAAAUUUGUCAGGAAUCUAUUUAUAUCUGAAACCGUGAGCAAUGUUUUUCAUCUUUUCCCUGUUUGUAAUAAAAAUUUGUCACGACUAGUUUAUCUUUGCUACAGUUUUUAUGCUGAACGUGCAUGUUCAUGCUCGCCUGCUUUUUCAAAAUGCUAUAACUGUUAUAUUUUUAAAUAAAAGACAAAGCAAAACUGUU